UCUUUGUUCGUAGAGGGUCAUUGGACUAUUAGAGCAUGAAUUUACGCAUGCUAAGCCUACAACCUUGUGGCCUCUGCUACCAUUAUAUAUGCACACCAAACCAUUCCUAAAUUGUCAAGCGUUUUUCAUUUGUUGUGUUCGUUGAAGCAUAGAACAUUUACUUAGUUUCUUUCAAAAGAAAAGAAAAAAAAAUAAGAGUGAGAAAUGGAGAUGAAGAUGGAAAUGAAUCAAUCCAAAUUCAAGAGAAUUUGUGUGUUUUGUGGGAGUAGCCCUGGAAAGAAGAGCAGUUACAGAGAAGCUACUAUUGAGCUUGGCAUGGAAUUGGUUUCAAGAAAUAUUGAUCUGGUUUAUGGAGGAGGUAGUAUUGGAUUAAUGGGCUUGAUUUCUCAAGUAGUUUUUGAUGGUGGCCGCCACGUCAUUGGAGUAAUUCCCAAGACACUCAUGCCUAGAGAGAUAACUGGAGAGACAGUGGGGGAAGUUAAGGCAGUAGCAGACAUGCACCAAAGAAAGGCAGAGAUGGCUAGACAGUCUGAUGCCUUCAUUGCAUUACCUGGUGGCUAUGGAACUCUUGAAGAACUUCUUGAAGUUAUAACCUGGGCCCAACUUGGAAUUCAUGAUAAACCGGUGGGAUUGUUGAAUGUGGAUGGUUACUACAAUUCCUUGUUGUCAUUUAUUGACAAAGCAGUGGAGGAAGGUUUCAUUUGUCCAAAUGCACGCCAUAUAAUAGUGUCUGCUCCCACUGCAAAAGAGUUGGUCAAAAAGAUGGAGGAGUAUGAACCGCAGCACGAAAGAGUUGCUUCGAAGCUAAGUUGGGAGACAGAACAGUUAGCCUACCCUGCAAAAUGCGAAAUCUCGAGGUGAGAGAUUGAGGCAUGGCAAGGCAACAAUGCAGGUUUCAGGAAACUAAUUUUAGGAGACCAAGAUUUGCUGAAAUGAGAAUUUUUUAUUGAAAUGAAAUUUCAGGAAACUGACUUUUUUUUUUCAUUUGAAGUUGAAAUUUGAUUCUGUAAUGCUCAACUUUGUGGCAAAGUUGGUGAUGAAAUGAAAAGAAAUUUGUCCCA